AUGUCUUACACGGUUAAAAACGAAGAUAAAUUGGGAGCAAUUUUAUUCCAGGUUCAGGAUGAUCUGAAACAACUCAGAUGUAAUCUUGAGGAAAUCGCUAUCAGUGAGAAGGGAAAAACACUGGACGUUCAAGCCUUGGACACUGCCAUUCGCAAAACGGAGAGUAGCAUCAGGAAACAUGCAGAGGAUUAUCUGAAAACAGUGACUAAGCAGGUUCUGGUUCUCCCAAGCAUUGAAGACUUACAAAAAAAGACAGUGCAGCUUCCCAAAUGGAAACCUGCUCUGGAAAGUAUCCCAGAUAUGCAUCCACAAAGAGAAGACAUUCCAGGUGCUUCACCAAGGGAAAAGCACAAGUCAGCUUUGACCAUGCGUUUGCUGUAUAAUCCUGGUCACCCAAACAACAGAGCCAUUAUGCACCAGAAAUUUGGGAUAUCACUACCUAAUGUCCACAAGAGGAGCAGAACUGCUGCAAAACAUCAUGGAAUAAUCACCGGCCCUGUUGUGAGUCUUCAGGCCAUUGAACAAAAGGGUCGUCAUAGUCUGACAAUGCUCGAAGAAGAGAUGGGGACAGUGCCAGAUACAAGUUUGCUUCACAUGUCGCUCCAACACAAGGCUGCUUCUCUUCACCCCAGAGAGAAUUCAUAUUCUUCUAAGACUGGUCUGAUAGGCUCGAAGUUCAGGUGUCUCAAGCAGCUGAAAUGGGAAACAGAACCUGGAUCCACCUGCAAAAGAAUAGGCAGAGAAUGUACACCCCUCUGGACCACCAAGACACCACCUCCCUCCACAACCUCCAAGAGCAUGGACCACAGGGGUCUGAUGCAAGGCACCAACGGUCUUAUCCCUAAAAGCCCUCAAAAUCUACCUGUUCCUGUAAACGUCAGCAAAUACCCCUUUACCAUCAUAAAGGGACAGAUCAACCCAAUGGCGACAGAUUUCUGUCACUUCAAGCAGAGCUUUCGCUUGUGCUGGAGCAGUGUGGUAGAUGCUCUGGAGGCCCUGGAAAAGCUGCUCAGGGACUUUGCUGUGCCUCUAGCCAAAGUGAGCGGAGAACAGCUAGUGGAGUUUGGCCAUGGUUGGGAAAAUGGUUGGAGAAAGGCUCCUCCGGUGAUCAGCCUCCUCUCAGUGCUUGAAAACCGGGAGGAGGUACUGGGUCUGGUCUUAUGCCCAGGUCAGCGCUACAAGGGAGUGGGAGGCAUUGAGGCAGCUGCCAUCCACAUCCAGUCCUGCUGGAGGCGCUACUUAGCUCGGACAGCCUACCUGCGCCACUGUCAGCGCAAGUGGGCGGCAGGGACCAUCGCCAUCUCAUGGUUGAUGCACACUCAGAUGCGUCGUGUCAGGAAGGCCCUGCAGGCCCGGCGUUUCAGACAACUGGAGAAUUACCGCAGCAGAGCCCAGCAUCUGGCAGCCAACUGGAAACACAUCCAGUCCACCAAGAGGACCAUUAUCCACAUCCCUUCAUUAGGAUACUCUCAGAGCCAGCGACUGAGCUUGAGGGGAUUUGACAUCCUACAGAACAUCCAAAUAAGCAGACUGUGUGAUAUUAGAGAUAAAAAUGUGGAAGUGAUCUACGUAUGUCCGCGGCAUCUGGAGGAAGACAUCUUGCACUAUUACACCAGCCUCCUGAAGUGUGAUGGAGCCACAGAUGGGGCUGACACCGGAGCAACUCAGGCCUCAUCCUCCGUCAGACGUUUUGUCAUCCUCACACCCGAGGCUGUAGAUUAUUUCCCAACCCACAACAUGUGCCUUUCCACACUGCUAAAGUACAGUCCACGUACCCUGAAGCGCAUCAGGAACCUGAUCCAGGGGAAGCAGACCUAUAUCGUGGGUGGAGUGGCCCAUGUGGAUGACCUGGCAGUGGCUGAUGAGCUAGGAGUGCCAGUCCUGGCUCCAGAACCGGCCAUUGCGCAGCUCUAUGGCACCAAGUCUGGAGGGAGGAGGAUCUUCGCCGGGGCAGAGGUUGAUGUAUCUCCUGGUCAAGGAGACAUCUACUCGCUAAACCAGCUUCAUGAAACACUGGCUGAGCUCAUUGCUCAAAACAUUGGUGUGCAGCGCUGGCUCUUCAAGAUGGACUCUGAGCAUCGUGGCCAUGGUACAGCAUACUGUGAUAUAUGCCAUCUUAGCUGCCAUAACUGGGCCCUGAAGGAAUACCAUCGUUAUGGUCCUGAGCUAUGGAACACAAAAUGGAUUCAGGAGUCUGUCCUGCUCAGAUAUUUAGAUGAGAUCCCUGAGUGGCUUGCCCGUCACGCCCGGCCUGCUAAAGCCUCCUUCUAUCCUAGCUGGGCCUGCUUCCUGAAGACCUUCCUCAGGCAAGGCGGUGUGGUGGAGGCCUACCCCCCAUCAGACAGUGUCACCUGUCUGACGGUAGAUCUGCUGUUAGAGCCCGGGGGUGAGGUGACCAUGCUCUCCUGUGGAGACCAGCUUCACGGCUCCUGUCAACUGGAAACUAUAGGCUCCACUGUUCCUCAGACCUCCGUGCACCCAGAGACCUUGCACUCCAUCUGCAUGCGUGUGGGCCAGUUCUGUCUACAGCGCCUCAUUGUAGGUUAUGUCUCCGUGGACUUGACUACCUUUCUGAACCACAACACCAUGGAGCAGAAGGUGUGGGCUAUUGAUCUGGACUUCACAUACAGUGACCAGCUGGCCAUGACCCAGAUGCUUCUGAUGAUGACUAGAGGAACGCUGAAUGGCCGCACAAGCUGUUUAGAAGUGCCAGUCAGAGAGAAAUGCUGUGAACACCAGAUUGCAGCCAAACCUCCUGUGGUUAACCGGUAUGCAGUCAUUGGGAGCCACUUGUCUCACUCUAACCUUUCCAUGUUAUACCAUAAUGUGUUCUUUAAAAUGUGUAAGGCUCAUGGCAUAGGAUUUAACCGGAAGAUGCAGCAAGGCACUGUUUUUGCUGUUUACGACAGCAGUGAACGAUGCAGGAUUGGAAUGAUAGCAGUCUCCGAAGAUCUCCAGGGAGCUCUGGUGACCUUUGCUCGGAAUCUGUCAGUCAUUCAUCAGGAAAUAUCAGCCUGUAAAACGCAAGGAGAAACCAAUUUUAAGGAGCUGAUCAAGGACAUAGAGGAUGUACUGCAGAUGACUGUUCAGAACAAGAUGCGAGCAGUGGAGGAUAAACCCGCUGCUUAG